GCAUGUUUGACUGGACUAGGUCAGAAAAUUCAGCCUUCUCGCUCUCUGAUCUCUCUCCACACAUUCGAUAUGAUAUAUAUAGGGACUCUCCUUGUAGCACCAUCAGCUAGCUAGCUUGAGAGGUAGUAACCGUGUAAUUUAUCAGAAGCUAGAUCAGAUAAUUUUGAGAAGGGUAGGCGAUCGAUCAGGUGAUCAGAAUCAGGCGAGCUAGAGAUCGAGCUAGAGCUAGCUUCGAUUGUGCAGCUAGCUAGCCAUGGGAGGGUUUGAGAGGAGAGGAGUCCGGCAGUACAACCGGUCCGACGUGCCGCGGAUGCGGUGGACGGAGGAGCUGCACCGGCGCUUCGUCGAGGCCGUCGAGUGCCUCGGCGGCCAAGACGAAGCAACACCGAAGCGAAUUCUUCAGUUGAUGGGCGUGAAGGGAGUUAGCAUAUCUCAUAUCAAGAGCCAUCUUCAGAUGUACAGAUCAGGCUCUAGCAACAGCAAUCAUCCGGUCAGCCUCCAGAAAAUGACAUCAGCUACUGUUAGCAACAUGAACAAACGUGAGCUUGCGAAUCGUGAAGAUAACUGCAUUUAUGCGUCAGAGGAUAGAAACGCUGCAUCUUCCGACAAGAAUACUUACACCAUACUCCGCUGCAGCCGCUCAUCAAUACCGUCUAUAGAAGAAAUAUUCAGAAAUUGGGAGCAAAGUAGAGGGCGUCUUCUUCCAUGGAACUCCAAUGUAAUUACAACAGAACAGCUGGCAGCUAGGGCAAGCCGUCAGACCACUGACAGUAAGCCUCUGAAGCAGACAGGCUGCGACCUGACGCUGUCCAUCGCCCUGUGCGAGGACGCCGCCGGCAGCGACGCCGACGGCUCGAGCACCAUCAGCGAGGAGGCCGCCGCGCCGUCGAGGGACGAAGCUUUCGUCUCUUCGGCCGAUGACCACUUCGCCUCAGCUGCUGCUGUUGCAAGGAAGGAGAGCGAUAUGCGAACUACUGAUCUGAACCUGGACCUGACCAUUUCAUCUUCUUGGCUCUCCUGAUGAUGAUUACGAUCGAUCAUUUAGCUGAUACAGUAUAUUUUGUGCAUAUGUAGUGGUUAUAUAUGUACAAAAAUAAGGCAGAGAGAGCUAGCGUCAGGCUAGCUAGUAUUGCAGGUUACCUGAUGAUGAUCUUAGAGUGUAGUAGUAUUUUGGAGAAGAUUUCUUUAGGAUUAGUUUAUAUCAUCAGAUCAGACACAGCAUUUUAGUUUUUUUUUUCAGUAGCGCAUGCAUGCACGCGUCUAUUUUUAUAGUUUUCUUUCUGCUAUUAUUCGUUCGAUGAGAGAUGAGGACUUCAGACGAAGACGGGUGAGAAAAUUUGACAGUUUUUGCUUCUUUUGGGUAGACUUCUCUGCUGAAUUUCUCACCUUUCAUCAUCUGGGCAGUCCUGUAUAGUUCUGAUCGAAUACUGUGAUCUACGACUGAUUAAGAAUUAAUGGCGUGCAUGCAUGUGCUAUAUUUGCUAGCCAUUUUACUCUGGCUGUCAGAGGGUGUAAACAAUCAUGGAUUUCUUACUAGCUAGCUGUGUAUUUCUUUUUGUUAUUCACACACUUUUUCCCCUAUAGAACAUAUUCUUAA